AUGAGAGCUCGACUAUUACCCUCUAUACUAAUACUUUCCGCUUGUCAGGUAAUUGGUCACACAUCCUCAAACCAACUUCCUGAACUCGUUCUAGAGAAGCAUGACACCGAGCCUAUGAUACAGUAUGGUGUAUCCGUUCCGACAGAGAUUUCUUCGACCCUUCAGCUAGCGUACUCGUCAAAGAGUCAGGACUCGAUCACCCCAACUCUCGAAUGCAAAGACAUAUAUCUGAAACCCGUUGCGUUACGUUGUGAUCAUGUACGGAAAGCGUGCAAUACCGAGGAAUACAAUGUCGGGUUACUUAACUACCUUUCGUUGUACUACUGCUAUUUACCAGGUGUUUUAGUUAUAUCCAUUGCGAUUUUGGCUUUAACGGUAAGCUUUGCGAGCCUUGGAAUAACUGCAGCGGACUACUUGAGUCCAAACUUGUACACAAUUUCGAAGCUUCUACAGCUUUCAGAUCAUCUUGCAGGUCUUACGCUUCUUGCGAUUGGUAAUAGCGCAGCAGACAUAUUUGGAACUUAUACGGCUCUCAGCAUUGGAUCCGCCGAGUUGGCAAUUUCCGAAUUACUAGGUGCCACAUUAUUCGUUCUCACAGUCGUCAUAGGCUCGAUAUGUUUAAUUUCGCCGUUUAAAGUACCAGUCUUUCAUUACACCAGAGACAACUUCUUUUAUAUCGUGGUACUUGCGGUAAUCGAGUAUGCUCUAGAAACAAAUGAAUUAGACGUGAUGAAGGCCUCUAUUCUUAUUGUGAUAUAUGCUAUCUAUGUUCUUGUGGCUGUUUUAAACCAUUCGUGGUUGAAAGUUGCGAAUAGAAAGAGAAUUACGACAGAAAGAAUAAGAAGCACAUUUAAUAUACCAGCUUCUGACAUACAGGGGGAGACUGACGAGAUCACUUCUGCAGGGUUGCUGCUUCCGGGUAUCGAAUCUCUUGAAGAUAUGUCUGACGAAGAGAGGCAAAUGCUCGAGGAGGUUGAAGGAUACUUUGCAGCGCAUCCCGAGGAGGAGCUUGAUAUACCCGUACCUGUGCAGACAGGGUCUUACGGUCUCAAAAUUCUCCUAAAGGAGCUUAGCAUGCAUACGACCAAUAUUACAAACCGUGGGCCGAACUUGAAUUCAGGAGAAGAGGGAAGGAGCCUGGAAGAGCCUUUUCAAGAAGAGCAAAAUCAGAGCACCACCUUUAACGAGUCAGCACUGGACGAAGAAGCAGUUUCUAAUGAAACAAAUCAACAAUACCAUUGGAACCUGCAGCAUAUAAAGAGAAAACUUCUUAAGGAGGUGAUCCACUCGCUUGUUCCUCGAUGGAACCAUGAUGAUACUACGGUCUCUAAGAUUUUCUUCAUCAUUACUUAUCCAGCUAAAGUUGUUCUUUCUUUCACGACUCCAGUUAGAGAGAAAGCGAUAGUUUAUGCUCAUAAUACAGUUCGGGGUUCGAAUGCUUUCACAUUGCCCACCACGAAUCAAGAUUUACAAACAAGUUUGGGGGAACUGUAUGAUAUUCGCCUCGAUCUCAUGGCAUUCAAAAUUCAAUUUACAUUAGGUAUAACCACUUUAGCCUUGAUGCAUUUGAAGCCACUUUUCAUUAUCUUGCUAGUUCCUCCAAUCUUUCUAGGCGCAUCUACAAUAGCCUUCUUGUUCCUUCCCACGAGAUGUCCUCAGUUCGAGCACCAAAUGACUGUCUUCAAAGCAUGGAAUUACACGGGAUCAAUCUUGGGCUUUGUCCUCUCGAUACAUUGGAUAUCUGUGUUUGCUACCGAGGUUAUCGCCAUCUUGAAGCAAGUGGCUCUUAUCUUGGGGAUCAGUGAUGAGAUUCUAGGAAUUUCCAUGGGCAAGAUGCAGCACAAUCUUGACUCUGUUCUCUUUUCGACUCGUCCCGUGACUUCCAACGAGUCUGGGGCGCGCAGAACUCCUCAUAUAAAGGUGUUGGGGGAUCCUUUGCUUAUCAAACUCACUCUCUUACUAUAUCGUCACACAAUGAUCAGAGCUUUGGCCAGACAGAACAACAUCUUUACGAGACCUGCCUUCAAAUUCUCUCCCAGAGUUGCCUUGAGAUUCAAUUCUAGUAACUUUCGCGUCAACACCCAAUCGCAUGUCUGGAAAUACCAAGAAGAGGGUCCAAAGUACGUUAAGUUCACGAAUGAGCACGAAUGGUUGGCGGUUCACAAAGACAACUCCGCUUUCAUUGGUAUUACCACUUACGCUUCCGAGGCUUUAGGUGACACGACUUUUGUGGAAUUGCCAGAGGUUGGUGUGACUUACGAAGUCGGCGACUCUAUUGGCUCAGUUGAGAGUGUUAAGAGCGCAAGUGAAAUUUACGCUCCUGUGGCAGGUGAGGUUGUUGCUGUCAAUGAGGACUUGGAAAGCAGACCACAGUUGAUUAAUGAGGACCCAAUGGGUGGCGGCUGGAUCGCACAAAUCAAAUUGGCCGAGUCCGCUGAUACAGUUGCAGCUAAGGAGGAGUUGUUGGACGAGGCAGCCUAUGAAGCAAGUUUGUCCGAACACUGA